UGGAGGAGGGGUGGGGUGGGGUGAUGAUGCUGGAGGAGGAGGGGUGGGAGGAUCCUGGUCACCGGCAGCAGUGCAUUGACCUGCUCUCCAUCCCAUCAUGUGUUUAAAUCCAGACAUGUGCUGACGGACCAACACCUCUUUGCUGCUUUUUUACGAUUAUAACGACAGAAACGGGAUUAUUUUGAUCACCCUUUUCCAGGAAAUGCUUCCAUGCUCUUCAUCCGCGCAGAUGGAGGGAUGCGACGAGGAGAGGGACGCUCACACGCAAACAGAGUGCAGCCGACUGACCGAGGAGAGGGACGAGGCCCAGAGACAACUCAAACACAUCAAGAGAGUGUCUCAGAUGGUGAUCGAGGAAGUGAGCGUUCUGCAGACUCAGCUCGAGAUCGAGAAGUCGUGUCGGGAGAAUGCUGAGGCCCUGGCCACCAAGCUGAACUGUGAGAACAGGAAGUUGAAGUAUCUGAGCCUGACAUCGCGGCCAUGUUUGGACGAUCUCCUACCCAGCAUCCCUGACUGCAUCCCACUGGAAGCUGACGGAGACGCUGCAGACAACAGCCUCGACACCUUCACACAGUACCAGCAACAAGUUAAAGAUCUGAGAGAGACGGUGAACAGUUUGUUGGAGGAGAAGAAAAAUUUUGUCUGUCAGAUUCAUGAACAGCAGCGACAGAUCGAAGAACUGACAACGCAGUCAGAGACAAAGCAGGCAGAGAUGAAGGAUCUUCAUGAAACUGUCGAACAGCAAAGAAAAAACAUCAAGAGAUUUAACAGAGUCUCCAUGAUGGCAGCUAAGGAGUACGAUGGCAUGAAGGAGCAGCUGGACUUGGAGCAAAACCUCAGAGUCAAGGCUGAGACGUUUGCACACGAGAUGCUGGUUAAACAGAAGGAGGCCAACAGGCAGAGCAUGUUGCUGCUGCAGAGUGCUGAGCCCAGCAUACAGCUGCUCAAAGCUCUGGAAGAUGUAUCUGCCAUCACUAAAACCCUAGAGGAGGAGCGUCUGCAGCAUCAGCAAAAAGUGCAGAGCCUGGAGGCUCAGCUGCAGGAAAACUGUGUGCAGAAACAGCUGGACAACCUCCGGAGACAGCUGGAAUUGCUGGAGGAGGAGAAGAAGGAAGUGGAGGGACGACUAGAGCAGGCAGAGAAAAAGAACGAGGAGCUGCGUAAAAGAGUCCAAGAACUCCAGGAGACCCAGAUACAGCUGACAGCCACCCCUUCCCCAGCACCUGGGGUCGCUCCGCCUCCUGCACCUCCCCCACAUCCACCUCCACCCCCUCCACCUCCUCCUCCCCCUCCCCCACCUCCUCCUUCAUCCAGAUUGAACCCCCUCAGCUCUCUGAUAGCCAUCAUGAGGAAGUCCUCUAAAGUCUCCAAGGUCAAAGUGGAGCAGACUCCAGCCGAAGGCGUGGAUGAUGUGAAGGUGAAGGCAGUUAACGAGAUGAUGGAGCGAAUCAAACUUGGUGUCGUCCUGCGUCCUGUUAAAAGUCAAGAAACUAAGAGAACCGCGGUCAAAACACCACCCUGUGAGGAGAAACAGCAGGAGAGUGCCAUGGAUGAGCUGAAAGGCAUCCUGGAAACAGUGAAGCGGAGCCCCAGUCGAGGUUCCCAGGAGUCAGGGCCAUCACCACCGGCGAAGAAGGACAGCGAACUGGAGGUGAUCCUGAGACGCCGACGCAACAAGGCUGGGGAGGCCGGAUCAGGAGACGAGCGUGAGGGCCAGAUGAGCCAUUUUUCAUCCUCCGACAGCCUGAACGGGCAGCGCACCAGCAGUGACUCAGGCAAGGAUUCAGAGGGACCUGGUGGGCUGAGCGUCCCUUCUGACCAAGCCAGAACCAAGGUCAGCCCAGAGAGAUGGGGCUCGGGACCGGGACCCGUUGUGGCUCCAAAGAAGCAGAGGAGGUCGUGCAGCUCUCUGUCUGAAAAGGAAGUGGCUGAGAGUCUGGUCAGCAACGGCUCCAUCAGCAGAUACCCUGGAGAGGAGAAUCAGAUGAAGUCAAAUGGAGUCAACCACACGGACCGUGGUGAAGACGUUUCCACCGAGCCGGUUAACGUCAGCGCCGACGGUGACGCCGAGUGCUGAGGCGGACUCUGAGGGGUUCACCUUUGGAAUUAGAUGUGUGUGUCUGCUGAUAACAGAUCUGAUGGUUUAGGGAAUAUUAAACACAUUUGCCUUUUAUGCUAACUGUAUCAAAAUCAGAAUGGAAGAAAACACGUUUGUUUUUAGAUUCAGUCUCAAAUUAACCUGCAACACGACCCCGUCAGAGUUAGCAGAACAUUUCCCAAAUGUCACCAAGAACUCCUGCUAAAGUUGUAGUUCUGGAUGUGAAAAGGGUUCGACAUGUUCAGCCACUGCAGAAACCUCCUCAGACCUUCUCCGUGAACCUACAGCUCAACAUUUAAUAGUUAAACGGACUCCUUCUUGUGGAUUUCUUUCUGUUUCUGUGAGUUCAGAUUUUACUUCACCUGUAAUCUCGAGUGUCUUAGUUUUAACCUUAAACUGGAUAAAAUUCUGGAAAGAAAAAGCUGUGAAAUGAUAUGAAAUAAAUAUUUUCUAUAGAGUUAAAAGGCAGAUCAAAUGCUUGCUAGAGCAUGUUUUGAUCUUUUUUUUUUCAUUUAGAAACAAACACUAAACUUAAAAAUAAAAACGUUUGAAUAAAAGUUAAAAAAAACUAUUAAUAUUAUUACUUUAAUAUAAUUGAUUUACAUUAAAUUAUAAUAUCACUGUCCUAAAUGAAUAAACUAUGCCAAAACAUCAGAUAUUUCUUUCUUGGUUUUAAUUUAAAGGGUUAAAUAAAAUCCCUAUGAGACAUUUAAACUGUUUACAAUUGGUAUGGUAAAAAUGUGUAAACAAAACAAUCAAAAACAAUGAAAUAAACCCAGUUUCAGGUGAACAUUAGGGAGCGAACAUGAAGAAUUAUUUUAGUGAAAUUAUAUGUUUUUUUUUUAAUCAGUCAACAUUGUUCUGCUUUAAGCUUUGGGUCUGUAAUGAUUUCCUCCUCUAUAAAACAUAUUUAUUAGUUAAAGGUUCUGUAGAAUAUUAGUCACGAAUACGCUCAGCAAACGUACAGAAGCAGUCUGUUUUUGCUGAGUCACCUUUAUUUAACUGAUGAAAAUCUUUGGUGUCUGAAUCUAAAACCAGAACAAAUGAACAAAAAUGGUUCAGUCUUAUUAUGCCCAGAAACCUCCUGCGAUCUGAAACGUGGAAGUGAUGCUCUAAAAUGUAAACUUUGAAAUUUAUUUUUAAUUUUUUCUGAUCUCUUUUGUUAAAUUAAUAUUUAAAGAAUACAGAUAUUUCAACAAAAGCUACAUUUAUUAAAAACUGGAGAGAUAUUUCUGCAGCUUGGUCCCAGCGAUGGUGCAGUCAGUCAGGUUUUCUCUGCAGUGGCUGAAACUGUUCUCAUCAGGAGUUUUCUGAGAAAACUUACUGAACUGAUGGAAGGAAGCUGCAGCGAUUUGCACAGAAACUCUGUUUUCUCUCUUUAGCUACAGUUUAUUUUCUGUUUGAUGCACAAAUGAUGCAUUUAGAAUCACCUUGUGUCAUCAGAAGGAAUGCACUGAGCUUUGUCAAUCAGUUCUGCUGUGUUAUCUUAUUUGGUCUCCGUGAGGAUUACACGUUUAAACACGCCCAGCCCUGCUGCUACAUAUAAAUCAGCUCAGCCAUGUUUGUGGUCAAUCUAAACCUGUGUGCUUUACCGGAGAGUUGGAACUGGGAUAUAUUAAUAACCCAUCUGAAAAGAGAAAAGUUGCAGCUCAUGUUGAUUGAAACUUUGAUAAAUUUUAAAUAAUAUCUUCCUGAUGAUUAAAAGUCAUGAGGCCAUAUUCACAUUUAUUACAAAUUUUGAGUUUUUCCCCACCUACCACAGCUUGUAUUUUUAUUCCUGCAUGUUUUAACUGAAACUGAUAUUUAAACGUUAACAUAUUUAUUUAUUAGUUGAUACCAAUAAUAUUGGGCAUUUACAUUGAUUUACUAAAAUCAGCACAGGUCCACUAAUGAGAGUAAAAGAGGCUGUACUGAGAAACUUCUGGAUUAUCUAGAGUUUUAUCUUCGGUUGUGAGAUUUGUGGAAGGAACGCUCCACAGGUUCAGAUCCCUGACUGGCCGACACACUCCACUCAAGUUCUUUCUUUUUUUAAGUAAAACUAACCAUGGGAAAAAGCUGUAAACCUCUGAAAACCCCAGAUUAUUGAUUAUAUAGUGGAGAUGCUUUCCAAUGAGUCACAAUCAUGAACUUUCUCUUUGAAUUGAAGCUUCUUCCUUAGUGGAAACAUCCAGGAACGUUUUAAAAACCAGGGUUUCUCUCUUCCACUCCUCCUGCUUUGGUUUCCGUUCCAGCGUGUCGACUAUCAGCGAGUCACGAGGCUCAUGAGAUCUUGCAGAUUUUCAGGAACUCGUAGCACAUUGAGCAGGAAUGUUCUCAGGGUCCACUGGACAAACUUUCACCACGUCAGGGGUCUCACUGAGAAAAACAAACAGUUUUCUGGUUAAAUGCAAAGUAAAAACAGCUUUUGAGGAUUGAGGUGCUUUGGUUAUUGUCUCUACCUCUCCACAGACUCAUGCCUCUUCACCUGAAUAACAUAGUGUGUGAAAACUAGUCCCUCCUCUGGAGAUAAGAUGUCUUCCUGCACUCAAACAGCACUGAGCCCUGCUUGCACACAACCUGAUUAUGUAUCUCACCAUCAAAACUUGUGCAUUCCUUGGCUUUUAUUUUGUGGGACCUGAUAUUUCCUGUACACUUGCAGCUUUUCUGACAUGUGACGCGACAGUCCAGAUGAUUCCAAAAAGUAUGCAACACAUUUGUUUGAAGCUUUCAUACUUUGUUGUUCUUUCUAAACACACAUUUAAAAGUGCAUUUGUCUAUUAUGUUUGUUUUACUCCAACACAGAAGACCAGACUUUUCCACUUCUGCUGCAUAUUAAAAUGUUGCUACACGUCUGAACAUUAUGCACAUUGAGGCGCUUGCACAAACCUCCAGAUAGCAGAAUUCAACCUGCGGCUCAGUGAGGGUUUGGGUCUUCUGAUGGAUUGCAUUUAUGAUCACCAAAGUGGUGAUUUGAAGGGAUUUCCUGUGUCUGACCAGGUAAAUACUGUCUUGGGGACAUAAAUGGAGUGUUGAAAGGUUUUUUGUAUUGAUUUUCAUUUUAGCAUCACUUGAAAUAAAAUAGUUAAAUACCUGAAA